AUGACGUUGUACAACGCAUAUAAGAAACGGACAAAGAACAUUCAGGUUGAUCUAGAGGAGUAUAACAGAAUGAGAGCAGCUGAUCCAGAGUUUUACCGCGAGGCCUCAAGCUUGCAAUAUGGGAAGGCUCCAAAAACUUCAAAAGACAAGAUAGAUAAGAUGGCGCAGGAGCUCCACGACAGAGAGCAAAAGCGACAGGAGUUUAGCAGGAGGAGAAAGUUCCGAGAAGAGAAGGAUAUUGAUUCCAUCAACGACAGAAACGAGCGUUUCAACAAGAAAAUCGAGCAUGCGUUUGGGAAAUACACGAUGGAGAUCAAAAAAAACUUGGAAAGAGGAACUGCAUUACCCGACUAG